GGGGCCGUGCGAUGGAAGCCGGCUGGCAGCGUGGCCGCGCCCGCGCGGCCUUGGGCGGUGCCGUCGGCCCGGGCAGCCAACAGGAUGGGGGCUUGCAGUAGCAGUGGCCCCCGGCGCAUCAGCCCGGGGAGGGAAACAACAGCACAGGCUGCGCGUAGCGACCGGCCCAUGGAUGUCACGCGCGCCGGCCCCCGAUCAAUAUAUGCGGGAAUGGAUGCGCCGGGCCCCAGCGGCUCGUCGCCCGCGAGCCACCCCGCCGCGCGGAGGCGGUAGUGGCUCCUCGUCUUCGAGCAGCUUCUCCUCUCAGCAGAGCCGUGGGGUUACCGCGCGUGGGAGGCGCCGGCCGCGUCGUGGGCGCAACAGCCACCCACGAUUCUCGGGGUCGCCAGGGUAGACAGCACUAGCAGGAUCAGACAGCAGCAGAGCAACCAACUCGUCCUCAAGCGAUCUUCGAGGUCAGAAGUGAGUAUCUUUCUCAUUGGUGGGCCUUUGUUUCCACGUGCUUGAACGAAGACGCGAGUAUGUUGCGCAUGGCAUUCGUCGAAAGACAAACUGUUCGAAUAUUUCCAUCCUGAUCCACCCACUGACUAGAAAUAAAAGGAGUACUUAAUCAUGUUCCCGCGCGUUGACGAGUUCAGGUUCACGAAAUUUAUUUUUGACGCACACUCGGACCUGUUCUCGUUCAUAACAUAGCAUGAGCAACGCCACCGGGGG